UAAACUACUGUGAUUAGUGCUGUAACUAGAAAUGUGAAACUGGCUUUCUCUAGGAAUCGUGAGAGAAUUUGGAUGUCAGGGAAAAGGUGGCUAUAGUUCAGUGAUUGAAUCGUGCAGUAUUUCAACAAAGAUCACUUUGUUUUUUGCUGCUGGUUUGCACAUGUGAAGCAAACACAGAAUAUUUGGCUUGUGACGGUGAAGAAGUGUGUGCAGAUAUUUACAUCAUUCUUAUCCUUAGUGCAUAAUUGAGUGAACACAAAGGUAGCCAUAAGCUUCAAUUAUCCCUGUUUAAUGGACUUGGCAAGAGAAGACUGAAAACAGAAACAACUGAAACAUCUCCUCAUGUCUGUUCUAUGUAGUGUGGAAAUCUGACUCUGAUGGUCCAAUGUAGGUUUUUUUUUUUUUUUUUUUGGUCUUGAUCUCUCACUCCCCAUUCCAGAGAAGGCACUGGUCACAGCAAAGAUGCACUGAAGGGCCCUGUUGAAGCGCUUUGUUGCUAUAGCAACCACUCUUAGCUGCCACUCCAGGCACGGUAGGCAUGGAAACGGACCAUGUGACAGUGGUCCAGUGGUUACAUCAUUGCAGUGGCGUACAUCUCGACACUAUGUAGGCCUCCUCUGCUCACAUCAGUGGAAUGUAGGGGGUCUUGUAAGAGCAACAGAUCACCUGGAUGCAUAGCUGUUGAACGCAUGCCUAUAUAAAGGCAGCCGGUGGUGAGAGUCAUGGGGGCGUUCCUAGACAAGCCCAAGACGGAGAAGCACAAUGCGCACGGUGAGGGCAAUGGUCUGCGCUACGGCCUGAGCAGCAUGCAAGGAUGGCGUGUGGAAAUGGAAGAUGCACAUACAGCCACUGUGGGUUUACCACAUGGCCUUGACGACUGGUCCUUUUUUGCUGUAUAUGAUGGGCAUGCAGGCUCACGUGUGGCCAACUACUGCUCCAAGCAUCUGCUAGAGCACAUUGUGGCGGCGGCGCCAGCCGGCGAGCUAGGCCGCAGUGUGGAGGCGGUGAAGAGCGGCGUGCGUGCUGGCUUCCUGCGCAUCGACGAGCACAUGCGUGGCUUCGCAGACCCGCGCAAUGGCCUUGACCGCAGCGGCUCCACAGCGGUAGCUGUACUGCUUUCACCUGAGCAUAUGUACUUCAUCAAUUGCGGUGACUCACGCGCACUGCUUUGUCGCGAUGCGCGUGUUCGCUUCUCCACACUCGACCAUAAGCCAUGUGACCCACGUGAGAAGGAGCGCAUCCAGAACGCCGGUGGCUCUGUCAUGAUCCAGCGUGUGAAUGGCUCUCUGGCCGUGUCUCGUGCUCUGGGAGAUUAUGACUACAAGUGCGUGGAGGGCAAGGGCCCCACCGAGCAGCUGGUUUCCCCUGAGCCUGAGGUGUUUGAAAUUCCCCGUGUGCCAGACGAGGACGAGUUUGUGGUGCUGGCCUGUGAUGGUAUAUGGGACGUGAUGAGUAAUGAGGAGCUGUGUGCCUUUGUGCGUGCCAGGCUGGAGGUGUCUGAUGACUUGGAAAAAGUGUGCAAUGAGGUGGUGGACACGUGCCUGCACAAGGGAAGUCGAGAUAAUAUGAGUGUUGUGUUAGUGUGUUUGCCAAAUGCACCCAAAGUAUCAGAAGAGGCAGUGAAGAGAGAUGCUGAGUUGGAUAAGUUCCUUGAAUCUCGUGUGGAAGAACUCAUUGAGAAAGCAGGGGAAGAGGGAAUUCCUGAUCUGGUACAUAUCAUGAGAAACCUUGCCACAGAGAAUAUCCCCAACCUCCCACCAGGGGGAGGCCUCGCCAGCAAGCACAGUGUUAUUGAGGCUGUGUAUAACCGGCUUAACCCCCAAAGAGAAGACGAUGGGGUGAAAUGGUGCAGACCUGGAGGACCCCUGGUAGCUGCCCACCCCGAGGGCUUAUGGCCUUAAAGGAUCCCUCUGUUCACGAGACACCCUUCAUACUUUUGUUCCACUUUUUUAUAAAAUUUACAGAUUGAUUUGGGUCAUCAGUAAUAAUUUGAAGUACAGGGGCAAACAGUCUGCCCAAAAGGAUUACAAACUUUUUUUUUUUUUUUUUUUGCAAGAACAUGAGGGAAAGCGAAGAACUUUAGCUUUAGAAAGUACACAUCAAAUCGUAAAGACAGUUUUUGUGCUCCCCCCCCCCCCCCCUCCCCCUUUGUGGUUGUCUGUGUUCUUGUUGAAACUUGGCUAUGGAGCAGUGCACGCCCAUAAGCGUUGUGGUGCCUUUUUCUAAGCGGCUACGGAUGGGGGACUUGGGCUAGUGGCUGUUUCAUAGCUUUCACCCCCCCCACCCCGAGCACAAUAGAGCAGCCAGGCAACUUGAGACCACUGCUACCCUCUCAACCUGGGGGGUAUGGACCAUCACUGGCUUUAAUCAGGAUUUCCUUGACUGACUAUUGCAUGUGGAACAUGUCUGGAGGACUUGCUACGUUACUACAUAACCUGUGUGGAAAGGUUUGAAGCUUGACAGCUUUUUUGCACCUUUUACACCCCACUGCCCCUCCCCACAUGUGCUCUGAUAGACACUGAAGGAGAGACACUGCAUCAAUAUUGCUUCAUUCUGCAGUUUAUCACUUAUUUGGUUGUUAUAAGCUUUUAAUCCUGCUGUUUCAGAGAAUAUAGAUUAUAUAGAGAUAUAUAUAAAAUAUCUUUUAUGUGUGUGUACAUAUAUAUAUAUAUAUAUAUAUAUAUAUAUAUAUAUAUAUAUAUAUAUAUAUAAAAUUCAUAUAUUUUUUCCUCCUUGAGUACAGUGUCAUUUAUGGCUUACUGUUUAAGAAGCAAUAGAUGUGACAAGGGUUCGUGUGUCUGAGUUAUUCUUUGUGAAAUCACUAGGGUUUGAUGUCACCCACCACAAACACCUUAGAGCCACCGUUUUUUUUUUGCAUGCUCGCAAUGUGAUGACAUUGUAAAGAAACUUCAGCUGUUUUAUAUUCACAUGUAUUUACUCUUCAACUCUCAAUAAUUAAAAUGCUGUUGGCUCAGAUCUUACGAAAUAAAUGUCUGUAAACAUAUCGGAGGGUUAAUUAUGAAACGGCAGAUGACUAUUAGUUCACAUCAAGGUAUUUCAGUUUUUACCAGGUUAUUGAGCCUUUCAGUUGUAAAUAACAAUGCCCUGAUUUGGAUCACACUGAAAGUGAAUAAUAGCCAUCUCAGUUUCCUAUAUUAACAACCUUGUGUGUGUUUAGUGAAGAAAUGUUAUUUGUGAAAUAUUUAAAGGGAAAUGACAAAGAUGCUGUUUAACACCCUCUGUAAUUCCAGAUGUUUUAUGUUUAGGAUUCAUGUUUUAAUUUUGUUAAACUUUGUAAAACUAACUUUUGUGCCAGUAUGAAAUUAUUAUAUUAUUCCUGAGAGUUUGAAGAUAACCAUCAGCACAAAAUGACAGUUUGUUGGAUUUGUGUUUGUAUUUAUAAUAUGUCUUCGAUUUGUUACCAUUUUGCAGCAGCUUCUAUAAUGGGUGAUAAGAAACCUUUCAAGUGAUUUGACAUGGAAUGACCAGCGUGUAUGUGGUUGUGUGUUGGCCGGCAUCUGAAGAAGGAAGUGUGAAUUAUUUUAAACAUACUGAGAUUGUGCACGUUAUGUGCUUAUGUAACACGGCUCUCCAAGAACAGUUGGCUAAAAGGAAUUCUUGGUGCCCAGUGAAGCCACACUACUUCUCUGCUCCAAUCUUCUCUGUAUCAUAUCUCUGCCUUUUUUUUUUUUUUUCCCUCAGUUCUGACUUUUACCGUGCACAGCAGAACUCUUGAAUCAGCCUGCCUUCCCCUCCUCAGAGUGUAUUGUAAAAUGAUGCAUUUUUUCUGUUUGUUUGGUUAGCUGAACAUGAAUACAAGCUUUAUGAUGAAUUUGCGUAUUAUUUUCAAACUUGGCGUACAAGUGUAAUACUUGUUUUGCUCAAAUGCAUUUUCAAGAGUUACAGAUGACUACAGUCAUGGCUAAUGGUGAACUCGAGCAGAACAAUAAAAGAUCAAGUAAAAGCUGUUUCUCA